AUGGUCCGACUGUACACCGUCACUUCCGCUAUUCUCUUCGUUGGAGUUGCCUUAGUCUCUGCCCAGGGCCAUGCUGGUCAAGGGCACGCAGCCCCCUCCAGCUCCCCGCUUUCAGCUCGAGAACUCUUCCAACCCGACCUUUACGAGCGGGCCUUUGACAUUGACGAGCUCGACGCUCGCCGGAUCCACUGGGACGCAAAGAGUAUGCAAACCGUCAAAAACGUCGCCAAAAAGGUGGCUAAAACUGCCCUCAGAGGCGCUGGCUUGUUUUUGGGAGUCCGCGAACUCAGCGAGAUGAGCGAUCUCGAAUUACGAGAUCAUGUUUAUGACUUGUUGGAAAUUGCCGAGCGCAGUGUUGAAGCUUCGUCCGAUCUAAACGAGCUCGCUCAGCGCGACUUGGGCGAUAACGAGGAACUCUACGCCCGUAUCGUAAGCAGCCCGCGACAUGUCUUCAAGAAUUUUGCCAAGGACGCAGUCAGAGGUGUCAUGAAAAUCUUCCGCCAUCCAGGAAGUCCACGAGGAUUUACUGGUGAAGAUAGUCUUGAAAUUAGGGAGCGACUUCAAGAUCUGUUGGAUAUCGUCGAAAGGGACUUUGAGGGAACGUCCCCUGAGGUCUACCAGCGUGCCUUUGAUGGCAGCUACGAUGCAGUGGAAGCCAGGCAGCUCGACUAUGACCUUGACUAG